AUGGGUAUCCAACUAAUGGGACUAGCUCAUGCCAAACAAACCCUUUCAGGAAGAAUUGGGAGUGGAUUGGCAACAUCAAAUGUUCCUAAAGGCCAUAUUGCAGUCUAUGUUGGGGAAGGCAACAGGAAGAGAUUUGUGAUUCCGAUAUCUUACUCCAAUCAUCCUCUGUUUCAAGAUCUGUUAAAUCGAGCUGAGGAAGAAUUCGGAUUCAACCAUCCUAUGGGUGGUCUCACAUUUCCAUGCAGUGAAGAGUACUUCAUCAGUCUAACUACAUUACUGAAUUGUUCAUCGAUGCUUCCAGCUUCAAAAAGGAUGCAGGAACAUUUAAUUUCUUCCUUACUCGCCUACAUUGAGAAAACUUGAUUUAAGACAGUAAAAGCAAAAUAAGCAAUCUGUUCACAAAUUUUGUUCUCUAGGUCUUGCUAAUUCAAUCCCAUGUAAACAUUCUGUAAUUUGUCCGAAAAAAAAAAGGGCAAAAAUUGUUUGCCAAUAAGAUUAUGAUUCUUUGCUGACAACAAAACCUGUUGUUCUGAGCAACUUUGAUUAAUGAUCCAUCGU